UCUCUAUAAGGCUGAUUCCCCCGGCAUCAAAACGGAAUUAAAGAUGGCCAUUGCCGCGAAAUAACCGCUGCCUUGGCACCGGACGUCUUGAUACUUAUCGCGAGAAAAUGGAAAAUUCGAUGUCGCCAUUAACAUUUAUUGCUACUUUGGGAAAACUCGAUUACACCACCACCGCGCACAUUGCAAUGCCAUUGCACAGCCGCCAUUUUAUGAGACGCGCCUGGGCACUUAUGGCAUCAUCAGGACCUCGAGGGGAUGAUCCGGGGCAGGAUGGCAGGAUAGCUGGGGAGCUGGAGAGCUGGCAGUCCUCGUAAAACGGAUUUUGCGCUUAGUCAGGAUGCGUGCAGCAGUUUUAUGGACCGCUCCGGCACUCGGGAAAAUGUAUACAGUUUUCCGUUUACAACCUUCGCGCUCCACUGCGCCUGCAGCCUCCGUCGUUUGCCAUAAAAUAUCGAAAUGUUCGCAGCCAUAAAAGUUUAUGAGUGCAGGCACCCAAAUUGGAACUGGCCAAGCUCCGAGAUCCAGGACACGGGGUGGAAACUUGUCAGAACUUAACAUUCGGCCAGCUGGCAAGGCAAACUCUCCGGAAAUGGAUAAGUAUGUGGCAUUCUCGGUGGUCACCAUGUUCUGGCUGCUGGUCGCCAUCAUUGGAUUCGUGGUAUCCUACAGAUACGAGGAGCGCGGUAUCAUCCGGUGCUGUGUGAUCCUCACCGCCGUCUGCUGCUACUUGGCCUGGCUGGUCACCUUCCUGAUGCAGCUGAAUCCUUUGGUCGGACCGCGGGCCAGCCAGAAGAUUAUCUACGGCAUAAUGACCUACUGGCCCAACUCCUUUGUCCACGACCAAAAGGACCCAUAACACUGCUGCAGAUUGUAUAUUUUUAAUGUGUGAAUAAAAAGAAAUUGUAUUUUACAGGCCCACAAAGAAAAUAUUUCAGCUAAUUUAGAAUUAUUAGAUAUUUUCCACAUUAGUAAAG